AUGGCCAAAGAGAGCUCGGCCUCAAAGGGCGCCGCGGAGCGCCUUCAAAACGAGCUGGCUGCUGCCCGCGAGGCGCAAGACGCGUUGAGUAAGGCGCGGGACGAAGCGCAGAAGGAGGCCCAAGCUUGGGCGUCUAAGCUCUCCACCGAACUCAAGGCGGAGCGCGCAAAGAUUAAGGCCUCCGUUGAGGAGGAAUGCAGGAAGCGCUAUGACGCGCAGGCCGCUGCCAUGCAAGCUGAGGCGGCCGAGGUAGAGAAGGAGCUGCGUGAGAGGCAAGCGACACUCACCGACGAGCGUGACAAGUAUUAUGCGGAUGCUCGAAAGUCCUCGGACGCCUUGAAGAGGGCUUGCAGAGCUCAUGAGCAGUGCAAGAAAGAGUUGAAGGCGGCCAUUGCUGAGGCGGCACGUCUUGAGAAAGACCUCUCCAAUUAUUCCAAGUCGGCGGCGGGGAAACACCUCCAAGUGGACACCGUGAUCGACACGGUGAAGAUCCUUAGGGAUAAGUUCAACAAGGAUGUACCCGAGGUGGAGUUCGACCCCAUGGCCAUGAUCAUGCACAUCCUCAAAUUCAUGGACAGCGGCCGCAAGGCCAGUGCUCUGGAGCCUAUUGUAGGUUUGGACGUCCCCCCGCCUGAUGAGGAGGGUGAAGGGGGCGAUGGAGAGGAAGAGGAGCAGGAGGAAGAGAGCGUAGGUGGUGACCGGUGA